AUGUUGGCGCCCUUCGGCGUUGCUCGGGAGAGCGCCAGCGCGUCCAUCAUUUCUGCGGGGAUUUCGGACGGGGAGGCGUUGGCUGGUUUCGUGAAGGACCAGGAUAGGGCUUGGAUCGAGCAGGAACCAGCAUUCGGCGUGGAAAUCGCUUUGCUGUUGCAUAUCACGGGCGAGGGCGCAGGCUUGCGUCUGAAGCAGGCAAUGGCGAAGGCAAUGCCUUCGACCAGCGCCGCAGUGACCCCAGAGCAGACGUUGCAGGAGCUUGACAAGUUGCGCCAGAGCGACACUUUCAAGCUUGCGAAUUCGACGCAACAGGGUAAGUUCCUCACGGUUCAUAGAAUUAUCGGGCGGAUCGUGGAGGGAGCGGCGCCGAAUGUGGCAACCGCGGGCAAGGACGAGAUGCUCUCCGAUGUCGUCGCUCUGAUCCCCAACUUCGUCCGCCAGGUGAAGCCUGCUGCUGAAGGAAAUCCAAAAGCCACCGCUUUCGGAGCAGAGGCCUUGGCUUUGAUGUACCCCGAUGUCAAAAAGAAAGCUGGCGCUGGCAAUGCUACCCUGAAGGACGUGAAACCUUUCCGCAUCUAUGGGUAUUUGUGCGCGCCCGAGGUCCGGGCCACCUACGACGCUAUGGUUUCAGACGUGGACAAGAAACUGGGGUCCGCAUCUUCCGCUAAGGCGAAGAAGGCCAAGACCUCCAAGUCAGCGGGCGACGGCGACGACGCUGCCUUCAAGAAGGCCAUGGAGCUGUUUGCUUGA